CUGGGGAACGUGAGUCCUGGGCAGACUUCUGAGGGAACUGUGCCGACAUCUGUAUGACAGCGUCUGAAGCAAACCUCACGAGAAAACCCUUAGCAGGACUGUCGGAACCGAGAUUGGAACCCGGGUACCUCCCAGUCUCGACGUGACAUGGUAACUACCACUACAGACCUAAUUACGCCCUUUCGCCCUGGCCAAUCUCCCUUAGUGGCUUAUGGCAAUCUUUUCAUUGGAAGAAGUCGAAGAAGCAGUCAUUGGUAGAAGAAGUAGAAGAAGAGGAGGAAGAAGACCGUUGACAACAACGAGCGACAUGCGAGAGGAAGCAAUCAGAGUGGGAGACAAGUUCCAAUGGAACCCUUCAGCAUCUGUGGAUCUCGACCCUGCGUAUCGGCAGAAGGACCAAAUACGAGAGAAAAUGCCGAGAGUCUCCAAAGUGGACUGGACGGGAGCGGCGGUAUGUUUCUUGGUAUUCGUUAUGUUCGCAGGUUUCUUAGCUGUCUUCAUUUGGGGUCUGCAUACUCAACCGGACAUGCAGCCGCAUACCACGCGUCCUCUGCUCCAACCAACUUCGUCGUGGUCGCAUGAGCCUCCUACGGAAGCCGACAUUGCUGCAUUCGACGAAACGUCUUCAUUAACACCGGACUUUGAAUACACUCUGGGCAAUAAACACCAUGGGGAUGAGCAUCUACCUACGGCGUCGACAAUGACUGCUGGUACUACAGCGAGUAAGCACGAUCCAUAUAUCCAUAAAACAGUGGAAAGCAAACGACAGACGAACUUUGUAUCGGGAAUUGUGGGAGGGCACGAGGCCAAUCCAAGGGGUUCCGUUGGAACAUCGAUGAACCUCCAGAGAGGUCUGCUACGCAGGUUGCUGGUUUCGCACGCUCACAAUGCGCCAUAUACUACGGAUAGGGUGUUGGUGAGACGUCAAGAGACUUGAGGGUGCACACCCUAUCUGGUGCCAAGCCGUCACCGAAGCACUGUGGCGCUUGCGUCAUUCACCAUCCUCGUGGUGCUCUGCGGACCUCUACCAGCCUCCGCAGAGCAUUAAAUGUGCUAUAUCGUGCUGAAUUAAA